CCUCUGCUCUCCCCUCCCUCCCACUUCGAUCUGCGCCGCCCUCAUCCAAUGAGCGGCCCUGUUGCUGGCAGGUGCGGAGUGUUUUUGUUUUGGGUUGAAGAAGAAGAAGAAGUAGUAGUAGUUGUUGAGGAGGAAGGCCAGACUUUCUUUCCCCCCCCCUCUUUUUCCCACUCGGAACCUGGCGAGUAGGGGGAGGGGGCUCCAGCUGACCCACCGAAAGGCACCCCACGCCACCGAGCUUCAAGCGCCCCACCCCGACCCCUCCAGCCAGCUACCCUCUUCCCUCCGCUGUCUAGGGCGGGCGACCGCCUCACUCGUCUUCUCCCAGCCCGGCUCCACCUCUCUUGCUCGGUCUUCUCCCCACCCGGUGCCCGAGGCGAAAAGGGAGGACGCCGGGCCAAGCAGGCGACUGAAGCCGCAGCUGCUGAGGAGGUGGGGGGGCCAGGCCCGGUUCGGCCUGGCCCGGCUUCGCUCGGCCUGGCCUGGUCUCACCCGAGCCAACCCCUGCCGGGCCUCCAGCAUGAGGAGGGAAAUGAACGGGGUCACCAAGAGCCGGUUUGAGAUGUUCUCAAACAAUGAUGAAGCCGUCAUCAACAAAAAGCUUCCCAAGGAACUGCUGCUUCGAAUAUUCUCCUUCCUGGAUGUGGUCACGCUAUGCCGUUGCGCCCAGGUUUCCAGGGCAUGGAAUGUCCUGGCCCUUGAUGGUAGCAACUGGCAGCGGAUUGAUCUGUUUGAUUUCCAGAGGGAUAUUGAGGGACGUGUUGUGGAGAAUAUUUCUAAAAGAUGUGGGGGUUUCUUACGAAAGCUGAGUCUACGUGGCUGCCUAGGUGUGGGAGACAAUGCAUUAAGGACAUUUGCACAGAACUGCAGAAAUAUUGAAGUGUUGAAUCUAAAUGGCUGCACCAAGAUUACAGAUGCUACCUGUACUAGCCUUAGCAAGUUCUGUUCCAAACUGCGGCACCUUGAUCUGGCUUCUUGCACUUCUAUAACCAACCUGUCCCUCAAAGCACUGAGUGAGGGGUGCCCUCUGCUGGAACAGCUCAAUAUCUCAUGGUGUGAUCAAGUAACAAAAGAUGGCAUCCAGGCUUUAGUGAGAGGCUGCGGUGGACUCAAAGCACUCUUUCUUAAAGGCUGCACGCAGCUGGAGGAUGAAGCUCUCAAGUACAUUGGAGCACACUGUCCUGAACUGGUAACUUUGAAUUUGCAGACGUGCUUGCAAAUAACAGAUGACGGCCUCAUUACAAUAUGUAGAGGGUGCCACAAGUUACAAUCUCUGUGCGCCUCUGGCUGUGCCAACAUCACUGACGCCAUCUUGAAUGCCUUAGGGCAAAACUGUCCACGGCUAAGAAUAUUGGAAGUGGCUCGGUGUUCUCAACUCACAGAUGUAGGCUUUACAACUCUAGCUCGAAAUUGUCAUGAGCUAGAAAAAAUGGAUCUGGAGGAGUGUGUUCAGAUAACAGACAGCACAUUAAUCCAGCUCUCUAUACACUGUCCACGGCUCCAAGUUUUGAGUUUAUCACAUUGCGAGCUGAUCACUGAUGAUGGUAUUCGCCAUCUGGGCAAUGGUGCCUGUGCCCAUGAUCGCCUGGAGGUGAUCGAGUUGGACAACUGCCCUUUGAUUACAGACGCCUCCUUGGAACACCUCAAGAGCUGUCACAGCCUGGAGAGAAUAGAAUUGUAUGACUGUCAACAGAUUUCACGGGCUGGAAUCAAGAGACUCAGGACCCACUUGCCCAAUAUUAAAGUCCACGCCUACUUCGCGCCCGUGACCCCACCACCAUCUGUGGGGGGCAGCAGACAGCGCUUCUGCAGAUGUUGCAUCAUCCUAUGACGCGGGAGCCAGUCUACCUUCUGCAAAAAAACAAACAAACCACCAAACUGAGUAUUUAAAUUACCCUUCUAGAAGUAACCGUGGACACCAGUAUCUCCACACACAAAAAGUGAUGGUGGUGGUCUUUCACAAGGGCCUUGGAAAAGAAAGCAAAGCAGGGGAAGCUGGACGAACUGUGUUCCCCUUUCUCGCCCCAUAGCUACACAAACAAACACACGGCAUAGUGUACAUACACAGACACACAUAUAUACACUCCUUAUUUCAGCAAACAGAAGGACUGUGGAUCUGACAAUCUAAGUCAGUGGGAUCUUUCUUCUCCCCCCCCCCUCCUGUAAGUGAAUUGGUAUAAUUAUAAACCAUUCCUACUGGGCAUGCUCAGAAAAAGUCAUGGGUAAAUGGGUGGGAGAGGAAGGGGAACAUUACGCACAUCUGAAGAACUGCUGUUUGGUGGAGGGAGGGAGAGAACUGUUCUUUUCAUGAUGGAAACAACAAGAUGGACAAACCCUUCAGGAGCAGUCAGUGGCAGGAUGAUAACUGAGAAAGGGGGAAAAAAUGAACACUGAAUCCUACAGUUGCUGUCCAGAGGGGAGAAAAAUGAUUUUUAAAAAAGGCCCAGGGUUAUAUUUUUUUAUUUAAAAAACCCCCAUCAACCUUGUGAUAGGGAAUGUUAAAACAACAGCAUCGUGAGACAUUGAUUCCUGCGCUUCUGUAUUUCCUUGUUUUCUGUGCCGGCACAUACACUGAGCAUGCUCAUGUUGAGGGUUCAGCAGUUUCUCUUCCGUGUUUCAUAGCAAUUGGCUCAGAGGCUUCCUAGAUUGUUGUGAUGAUAAAGCUAGAAAUCUGUAAUGUCAGGUCUGAUUUAUUUUCUUUUGUUUCCUUUCCUCUCUCCGCAGAAUCUCCAGUCUUUUUUUAAAAAAACACACACAACUAGAUGUCUGAUUCUGAAAUUGUAUGAAAUGAUUGAACAUAAAAUUCUUGUCAAGUUAAUUGUCCUUUUAAAAAGGCAUCUUUUACCACUAAGAGACCAAGUUUUGAAAGCAAGCUGUGAACUGGGUUUUAAAGUUAUAAAAGCAGUUCCACAGAUAUUCUCUUCCAGGCUUUUAAUCAAUUAUUCAGGCUGCAGAUAUGGUAGGAUUUAUAUCACAGUAUGUGUUCAGAUGUAUCCCAUUUAAAGAGACAUGUGGCCCUAAAUAAGAAAUGACACAAGUAACUACUCUGUUUUUUUGAUAGCAGAGCUCUUAUAUCAUUAGAGUCCUUUAUAAAAUGUCCUUUUUAGUUAAUCUGGAGUUUGUGGAAACAUCACCAGAUACAUUAUUUUCUCUACAAGUAAAUUAUCACCUUGGUUUGAAAAUUGGCCAGAUCCAUUCAGUUUAACAUUAAAGGUGCAAUGCUAUCUUUUCUUCUGUUUUGCUUCAAACUACUACUUCUGAAGCACAGGGGCUAUUUAAAAGUGCUGCAGAGGUCAGAUUGAGUAGAUGGAUGAAUAUUAAAAAGAGUGUGUGUCAGCAUCA